CGCAGCGAAGCCGGUUAACCGGUUCGGGUUUACAAACGUUCUUGCUACCCGACUGCCCGUACCAUCAUUUCACAAAUUUCGGUUUUUUCACUGUAUCCGCCGGAAGGGUUUUGGAUUUUGGUUUUGAAAAGGGGAGAGUGGAAAGUAGGAUUUGUCUCUGCUACGGUUUCGCUGAAUCCCAUCAAUGGCCGACGGUUCAGAAGUCACCGGCCCUCCCGUCAAGCUGGAUUGUAAGCCUUCCAAUGAGACCAUUGUCGAACUAUCCGGCCAGGGCGGCACAGAGUCUACCGGCAACAACGCCGCUGCGACCUCGGCCGAGCGCGACGAUGAACUGAAGAUAUCGGACGAGCUGAUGGUGAAAGGAGAUGAGGCUGCCGCAGGAAAAGAUUAUUCUGAGGCUACUGAUUGCUACAGCCGCGCUCUAGAAAUCAGGGCUACUCUAUUUGGUGAGCUUGAUCCUCGAUGUGUGAAUGCAUACUAUAAAUAUGGAUGUGCAUUGUUGCGCAAAGCUCAAGAGGAAGCUGACCCUUUGGUCUCUGUGCCUAAAAGGAAGGGAGACUCCCUACUAAAUUCUUGUAAAGAUGAACCUGCCAAGAGGGUUGUAAGUGCUGAAUCUUCUGCUGCCUCUGUAGAAAGCUCCAAUGGUGAAGGCGAGGCUUCAGUGCAUAAUGAAAAGGAAAUCAAUAAUGAUGGACAUAACACUAGAGCUCUGAAAGAUAUUGAAGAAAAUGAAGAGGAAGAUGAAAGUGAAGAUGAGGACACCUCUGAAGGAGAUGAAGAUGAAUCUGACUUGGAUCUGGCGUGGAAAAUGCUGGAUAUUGCAAGGGCUAUAGUCGAAAAAUGCUCGGAGGACACUAUGGAGAAAGUGGACAUAUUGACAGCUUUAGCAGAGGUUGCUCUGGAAAGGGAGGAUAUGGAAACAUCAUGUAGUGAUUACCUGAAGGCAUUAUCAAUUUUGGAACGUUUAGUGGAACCUGACAGUCGCCGUAUUUGUGAACUAAACUUCAUGAUAUGCUUGUGUUUGGAAACUGGCUCUAAGCCUGAGGAGGCAAUCUCAUAUUGUGAGAAAGCUAUUUCAGUUUGCAAGUCACGGUUGGAACGAUUAGCUGAGGAGGUAAAGACUUCAUUGGUCCCGACAGAAUCCUCAUUGGAUCUUUCUGUCACAAAGUCGAGCACUAUUCCACACUCGACUGACAAUACAGACAAAGAAAUCGAAACAUUGACUGAUCUGUGUAGUGAGCUUGAAAAGAAGCGUGAAGAACUCAAGCAUGCAGUUGCAAAUCCAACUCCUGUUCUCCAAGAUAUCCUGGCAAUGUAUUCUGCCAAGACAAAAGGUUCCGACAAAAUCUCUACUUCAGUUGCAAUGGAUCCCUCACAAGUGGCUACUGUGAAUAGUGGCGGGGGUUUGGACUCUCCAACUGUUUCCACUGCACACACGAAUGGCUCAUCCAGAGUUACCGAUCUUGGGGUCGUGGGAAGAGGGGUGAAGCGAGUGCAUCUAGACUCCAUUGCAUCAGAGACAAAGCCUGAGAAAAAGCCUUCUCUAGAUCCUCCCAAUUGAUGGCCAAUAACAGAGAAAAGGCCUUGCCUAUGGGACACUGGUGAGCUUGACUUAGUAAUUCAUAUGGGGAAAUUACUGUGCUUGCAUACUUGUUUUUUACACUGAAUGGGUCAGUGAAUUUGUAGUUCUGUGUGUGCAAUGUGUUAAGAUGCUUCACAUGAUACUAAACAUUUGAUGGCAUCUUGGCCUGCUUCUGUAUUGACGCCAUAUUUUGAAGUUUUUUGGUUUGCUGAUGCAUUUUGCGGACCGUAAAUUAUGUGCAACGUUAUGGCGUGAUUAAUUGUUUCUUUUAGGCUCUCCGGGUUAUAUGUCGCCUGUGUUGCUCCCAAGCUACUCUCCUAAGGUUGCUGUUUUUUAAGAAACCGUGACUUUUCUA